AUGAACAGCUUUAACCCGAAGACGAAAGACGAAAAAAUGCGGAUCCGAGCCUUUCCUACUGCCAUGGAUGAGAAAUACGUUCAAAGUAUAUGGACGCGUUUAAAGACGGCUAUUCAAGAAAUUCAAAAGAAGAACAACAGCGGUCUUAGUUUCGAAGAACUCUAUCGCAAUGCCUACACUAUGGUACUUCACAAGUACGGUGAGCGACUUUACAACGGUCUUCGUGAUGUCGUCAAGGAGCACCUCAUUGGCAAAGUACGAAAAGAUGUUCUCGAUUCUCUUAACAACAACUUUCUGCAAACGUUGAAUCAGUCUUGGAAUGAUCACCAGACUUCGAUGACCAUGAUACGCGACAUUCUCAUGUACAUGGAUCGAGUGUAUGUUCAACAAAACAACGUGGAAAAUGUCUACAAUUUAGGCUUGGUUCUAUUUCGAGAUAACGUUGUUCGGCACGGACUAAUUCGUGAUCAAAUUCGUGAAACGCUUCUUGAGCUUGUCAUGAAAGAACGAAACGGCGAGUUAAUUGAUCGUUUGGCAGUAAAAAGCACUUGCCAUAUGCUAAUUCAUCUUGGAAUCGAGUCUCGAAACGUCUACGAAGAAGAUUUUGAAAAGCACUUCCUACAACAAUCUGCCGAGUUUUACAAGAUCGAAAGUCAGAAGUUUUUGGAAGAAAAUAGUGCUUCAGUUUACAUUCGCAAAGUCGAACAACGCAUCAAUGAAGAAGCCGAACGGGCUUGCCACUAUUUGGAUGCCUCCACGGAAAAGAUUAUUGUUCGUGUUGUUGAGCAGGAGCUCAUAAGUCGUCACAUGAAAACCAUUGUUGAAAUGGAGCAUUCAGGGGUUGUUCAUAUGCUCGAAAACCAAAAAAAUGAUGAUCUCGCUCGCAUGUACAAGCUUUUUAGCCGAGUUGAUAACGGGCUGAAAGCCAUCAUCGCCUGUGUAAGCAACCAUCUGCGUCAAGAAGGCAAGUCAAUGGUCAUUGAUGAUGGCAACAAGGAAGAUGCUAUUUCAUUUGUCACGUCGCUCCUCGAGCUCAAAGAUAAAUACGACAUUUUCUUGACACGAUCGUUUUUCAAUGAUAAAGAAUUUCUUAAAAUGAUCGGCAAAGAUUUUGAGUAUUUUCUCAAUCUUAAUCCCAAGUCGCCUGAAUACCUGUCUCUUUUCAUCGAUGACAAACUCAAAAAGGGCGUCAAGGGAAUGUCGGAUCAAGAAAUUGAACAAGUGCUUGACAAAACAAUGGUUUUGUUUCGCUUUAUUCAAGACAAGGAUAUUUUUGAGCGGUACUACAAGCAACAUUUGGCCAAACGCUUGCUUCUGAACAAAAGCUCUUCUGAUGAUCUCGAAAAGAGCAUGAUUACCAAAUUAAAAACUGAAUGCGGCUGUCAGUUUACUUCAAAGCUAGAGGGAAUGUUCAAAGACAUUUCCAUUUCUAACACGUUAAAUGAUGAAUUCAAAGGUCAUCCUCUGAGCAAUGAAAUAAACAUUGAUUUAAGUGUCCGUGUUCUUACCACUGGCUACUGGCCUACGCAGUCCAAUCCAUCGAAAUGUAAUGUCCCUCUAAUUGCUCGUCAAGCUUUUGAGAAUUUUCGCAAAUUUUACUUGGCCAAGCACAACGGACGAAAACUAACACUUCAGUCACAGUUGGGGUGGGUCGACUUGAAUGCCGAAUUUUACGCACCUCUCAAGAAGGCAGCUGAACUUGAUGUUACCUCUUCUGGACCGAGCAGCAUGAUGAUGAUUGCAGGACCACAAACUGCUUCAGUCAAGCCGAGGAAGCACAUUCUCAACGUAUCCACUCAUCAAAUGUGCAUUUUGAUGCUCUUUAACAAUCGAGAAAAGCUAACUUAUGAGGAUAUCAAGAAUGAAACAGAUAUCUCUGACAAAGAUUUGACUCGGGCUUUGCAGUCGCUGGCCACUGGAAAGCCUACACAACGAGUUUUGAUUAAGAAUCCAAAAACUAAAGAAAUCGAAAACAGCCACGAGUUUUUCGUUAACGAUUCUUUUACAUCCAAGUUGCAUCGUGUGAAGAUUCACGCUAUUUCAGUUAAGGGUGAAUCAGAACCUGAACGUCGCGAGACUCGUUCGAAAAUCGAUGAAGACCGGAAGCACGAAAUCGAAGCUGCCAUUGUGAGAAUUAUGAAGGCUCGCAAGAAACUCUCUUUUAGUAAUCUCGUUGCAGAAGUUACUGACCAGCUAAAGUCCCGAUUCAUUCCUGACCCGCAAUUCAUCAAAAAACGAAUUGACGGACUAAUAGACCGCGAGUACUUAGCUCGUACACCCGAGGACAGGAAAAUGUACACAUAUGUCGCCUAA